AGACAGUGAGACAGACCAUUUGGUGCCUGAAUGUAGCGGAGGCUGAUGCUGUGAUACUGCAGGAGAAGCAUACAGGCUCUCAUUUGAUGCAGUGAAGUGCUCCGUGUGGAAAAUCGCAAGCAAAGGUUUGCCAGCCAUGGGGAACCUCAUUAAGGUCCUUGGCAAGGAUUUAGAGAACUGUCCUCAUUUUUUCCUGGAUUUUGAAAAUGCUCAGCCCACAGAGGCAGAGACAGCCGUGUGGAACCAGGUUAGUGCCGUGCUGGAAGAGGCCCAUGGGAUACUGGCAGAGUUACAGUCUUACAAUGGAGCAGGACAAGAAAUAAGAGAGGCGAUCCAGAACCCCAAUGACCUCCAGCUGCAGGAGAAAGCCUGGAAUGCAGUCUGCCCCCUAGUGGCCAAGCUCAAGAGAUUCUACGAAUUUUCUCUCAGGCUAGAGAACGCCCUGCGCAGUCUUUUGGAGGCCCUCACUAGCCCACCUUACGCUCCCAUGCAGCAUCUGGAGAGAGAGCAGGCCCUCGCCAAACAGUUUGCAGAGAUCCUACACUUCACUCUCAGCUUUGAUGAGCUCAAGAUGACAAAUCCAGCCAUACAAAAUGACUUUAGUUACUAUAGGAGGACCAUCAGCAGGAAUCGGCUGAACAACCAGCAGUUAGAAGCUGAGAAUGAAGUGAAUAAUGAAAUGGCCAAUCGGAUGUCGCUCUUCUAUGCCGAAGCCACACCCAUGCUCAAAACUCUGAGCAAUGCCACGACUAAGUUUGUGUCGGAGAACAAGACUUUGCCAAUUGAGGACACCACAGAUUGCCUGAGCACUAUGGCCUGCGUGUGCCGUGUCAUGCUGGAGACUCCGGAGUACCGGUGCCGUUUUACUAACACAGACACCAUGCUGUUCUGCAUGCGUGUGAUGGUGGGCGUCAUCAUCCUUUAUGACCAUGUUCAUCCAGUGGGUGCCUUUGCCAAGACCUCCAAGAUUGAUGUGGCAUUUAUCUGA